GGAGGCACGCACCGGAAGUGCAGGACACGCGGGCUCCAGCGAGUACCGCCGCGCCGCGCCGCAACCACCACCCUACCCAACCCAGCUCCAAACCCGCCCGCGCCCGUCAAACUCACCCGAAAACGCCGUAGGGCCAAUGGAGAGAGAGAACAAGAAGCGCACGACCAGCGGAGCACGGUAACUCGCUUGUCCCUCGCCAGCACGCGCGCCAUAUAUACCGCCCCCACGGGCCGCGCGCCUCUGGACAGGCGAGCCGGCGCGCGCGCAUGAACUCUGGUCGGUCGCGAUAGCCGAUAGCUAGAAAGGGGCCGGAGGGGGGAGCCCGCCCGGAGCUAGCGAGCGAUGGGGAGGUCGCCGUGCUGCGAGAAGGCGCACACGAACAAGGGGGCGUGGACCAAGGAGGAGGACCAGCGGCUGGUCGCUUACAUCAGGGCGCACGGGGAGGGGUGCUGGCGCUCGCUGCCCAAGGCAGCCGGGCUGUCCCGCUGCGGCAAGAGUUGCAGGCUGCGGUGGAUGAACUACCUCCGGCCCGACCUCAAGCGCGGCAACUUCACCGACGACGAGGACAAGCUCAUCCUCCGACUACACAGCCUCCUCGGCAACAAGUGGUCUCUGAUCGCCGGGCAGCUGCCAGGCAGGACGGACAACGAGAUCAAGAACUACUGGAACACGCACGUCAAGCGCAAGCUCCUCGCCCGCGGCAUCGACCCGCAGACGCACCGCCCGCUCAGCGACAGCGUUGCGGCGCUGUCGCAGCCCGUAACCGUCCCUGCGACAACCGCGGUCGCCAGGUUCGCCGCAAAGCCGCCGGCGGUGGCGGAGUCAUCGGACGACGGCGGCCGCAGCAGCAGUAGCGGCGCGAGCACGGGGGAGCCGCGGUGCCCCGACCUCAACCUCGACCUGUCUGUCGGCCCGCCCACCUCGCAGCCGGUGUGCCUGUGCUACCGCCUCGGCCUGCGCGCCGGGGAGGCGUGCAGCUGUCAUGCUGACAACCCGGGCCCGCAGGGAUUUAGAUAUUUCAGGCCGUUGGAACAAGGCCAGUACAUAUGAGGCAAGAGAUGAGGCUAUGUGCUAGAUGCUUCACAGCAAUUUGUAAGACGAGAGUUUUCAAAUGGAUAGUACUGUUUCAGAAAAGGGUAACAAAAUUCUAAUCCG